GCCCGCGGUGGUGCCUGCGCACAACUGCCGCAGCCGGAGGAGACAGGGAAGUUGGGAGCGAGCGGCGCGCCGAGCCGGGCCGCAUCGGCGAGACGGUGCUGGCGGAGGGCAGCGAGGGUGGGGCGGGCAGGCGGAGGGGUCCGGGCAGAGAGGGGGGCCUGGCAGCGGAGGAGGAGGUGGAGGAGGAGGAGGAGCGCGGCCCGGUGCCGGCCGCUAUGGACCAGUGCGUGACGGUGGAGCGGGAGCUGGAGAAGGUGCUGCAGAAGUUCUCGGGCUACGGGCAGCUCUGCGAGCGCAGCCUGGAAGAGCUCAUCCAGUACGCGGGCGGGCUGCGCCGGGAGAUCCUUCAAACCGAGAAUCAAGAUGGAGACCUGUCAGGGACAAUCUCACUGGUUAUGACACAGUGUUGUAAAAGAAUAAAAGACACAGUUCAAAAGCUGGCCUCUGAGCAUAAAGACAUCCACAGCAGCGUGUCCCGAGUUGGAAAAGCCAUCGAUAAGAACUUUGACUCCGACAUCAGCAGCGUGGGGAUCGACGGGUGCUGGCAGGCCGAGAGCCAGCGCAUCCUCAACGAGGUGAUGGUGGAGCACUUCUUCCGGCAGGGCAUGCUGGACGUGGCCGAGGAGCUGUGCCAGGAGUCUGGCCUCUCGAUAGACCAGAGCCAGAAGGAGCCCUUCGUGGAGCUGAACCGGAUACUGGAAGCGCUCAAAGUCAGAGUUCUGAGACCCGCUCUCGAGUGGGCAGUAUCCAACAGAGAGAUGCUGAUGGCACAGAAUAGUUCCUUGGAGUUCAAACUGCACAGAUUGUAUUUCAUUAGUUUGUUGAUGGGGGGAACAGCAAACCAGAGAGAAGCCCUUCAGUAUGCAAAGAACUUCCAGCCCUUUGCCCUCAACCAUCAGAAAGAUAUCCAGGUGCUGAUGGGCAGCCUGGUGUACCUGCGGCAGGGCAUAGAGAACUCGCCCUACGUUCACCUGCUCGAUGCCAACCAGUGGGCAGACAUCUGUGACAUCUUCACAAGGGAUGCCUGUGCCCUCCUGGGGCUCUCUGUGGAAUCACCUCUCAGUGUUAGUUUUUCAGCAGGUUGUGUAGCAUUACCAGCUCUGAUCAACAUCAAGGCUGUGAUUGAGCAGAGGCAGUGCACAGGAGUUUGGAACCAGAAGGAUGAGCUGCCGAUUGAAGUGGACCUGGGGAAGAAGUGUUGGUACCAUUCCAUAUUUGCCUGUCCCAUCCUUCGCCAGCAGACGACAGACAACAACCCCCCCAUGAAGCUAGUCUGUGGCCACAUUAUAUCAAGAGAUGCUUUGAAUAAAAUGUUUAAUGGCAGCAAGUUAAAAUGCCCCUACUGCCCGAUGGAGCAGAGCCCUGGAGAUGCCAAACAGAUCUUUUUCUGAAGGACAGCUCCGUGGUGCAGCUGGCAAGUGACCCUGUGGAGCCGAGGUGCAGCUGGGGAGCACACAGCCGCGCUCGCUGCGCCUCCUGCGGCGGCCCGGGGACUGCUGCGGCUCCGCCGGGAAGCGCUCCGCAAACUUGGCCAACAUUUAGUCUCUGCAACCCCCAGUGGAAAUGCUACACAAAUAUUAUUACCAUAGGGCUUUACUCUACUCUUGGUCUCCAUACCUGAUCAAGUUACUACACCAGCAGCUGUCAUUGGAUGCAGGUUUUUGUACUUAACUAUAUGGUGACUGUUUACUUUUUAAAGGCAGAAAUGGAUCCACCCCCUCCCCCCC